AGCGUAAAUUUGUUUGUUUACAUUUUCAUAAUUUUUUAGGUGGAGCACAUGGCCAGUUUUUAGAAUUUUCUUUUAGUUUGCUGUUAGUUUGCUGUCGUUAAUAUUUGCUUCACCUUCCAACUUCUACGCUAAUAUAACCUAAAUUAUGGUUACUUAUAUUUCUGCGGACAAUGUUCGUGGCUAGCUAGCUACUGUACCUUUCUUGAUAUAAUCAAAUUACACACAGGCAAACCAAACGAUCAAUCAAGUUAAUAUGACUGAAUCAAGACUUAAACUGUUUAGAAAUGGUAGUAAUACAUCAGGAAAGGUCAUUGCUCUUCCUGUUUCCUAUGACGAACUUUUGAAAAUAGCAAGUGCUACAUUCAAGGAACAUAUAACUACUAUUUAUCUCAAAGAUGGAUCCGUUAUUUCUUCCAUAAAUUUGCUAAGAGACGAUGAUACUAUAUUUGCAUCUGCAGGAGAAUCUUUUAGUGAUAUCAAAAGUUGCAUUUCGCAUAAAGCUACACUGAGUUUGAAUGAUAAUGUUAGCUCUUCUGAUUGGAUAACUUUAAAUGUCGGUGGGAAAUGCUUCACUACUACCAGAAAAACACUGACAAAAUAUCCGGAAACAAUGCUUUGUCGAUUGUUUUGCGAUACAGAAAAUUGGAGAAGUGCUGUUGAUAGACAUGGUUCAUACCUCAUCGAUCGUAGCCCAGAAUAUUUUGAACCAAUCCUUAACUAUUUACGACAUGGAGUACUCAUCUUGAACGAUGGAGUUAACCCAAGAGGUGUUUUAGAAGAAGCAAGGUUUUUUGGAUUAAAGCCAGUAAUUGAAGAAAUCGAAUCUAAUGUUAUGAGGCACGAGAAAGAACAGAGUUCAGUUAGUCGAUCAGAAUUUAUGCGUCUUCUGAUGACAACAUCUUCUGCUGCAGACCUUAGAUGCCAGGGUGUUAAUUUGUCUGGUGCCGAUCUCUCGUAUUUAGACCUCCGCUCGAUAAAUUUCAGACAUGCCAACCUAUCUAAUGCAAAUUUGCAAGGCGCGUCUAUGGGUGGUUGUGAGUUGUUACUUGCAGAUUUGUCGGGUGCAUGUUUAGAUGAUGCGUCAUUGGAAGGUGUGCAAAUGAAAAGAGCGAAUCUCGAAGGGGCUUCCUUGAAAAAUUGUAAAUUUGAAACAGUAUCCAGCAGUGCUAGUUUUGGUGCUAAUUUAGAAGGAGCAAAUCUGAAAGGUGCUAAUCUUGAAGGUAGUCAGAUGAGCAAUGUCAAUAUUCGAUUGGCUAUUCUCAAGGGUGCUAACAUGCAGAACUGUGUUCUAAGAGAUGCAACUUUAGCAGGAGCUGACCUUGAGAAUUGUAACCUCACUGGUGCAGAUCUUCAAGGUGCAAAUUUGAGAGGAGCGAACGUUGUUGGGACUGUUUUCUUGGAUAUUGUUGCCCCUCUUCAUAUGGUGCAUCUGAUGUAAUAACUGAUUUUGUAGCCUCGAUAUCACGAAGUGACAUUGACCAGAAAGUUUACUACAUUCUUUUUCUUGAUCACCUCAGUUUUACGUCUUCUCAUAGUUUUGAAUGUCAUUAAAUUCAGAACGUGUAAAAGGUGUUUAUUGGAACUUGCAGCUUGAUCAAACAGUUAUAGACAUAGCUCUUUAAGUGUGAGAUAAAAGAAACCAAAUUUCAUAGAUUUUACGAAUAAAUAAGAUAGGGAUUAUUUUUGUAAAAAAUCCAUCCUGAAUAAAAAUCCACUGAAGGUAAACGUAUUUAUUCGAAAUCCAAAUGGAUAUUAGAUAUAAAUUUUUGACCCCUUUGACAAAGUUCACUUCAUAAAAAUUUUACUUAUUGAAUGUCGGUCGGAUCCAUUAACAACCUGCUCUAAAAACUCUGUUUAAAAUUCUUAUUAACCCUAUUCGGUCCGAGGGGGGGGGGGUGGGGAGCGGAUUCCGCCCCCCCUGACGGUUUUUUUUUAAUAACUCCUGAUUGCUUUGUUAUAUGGCCAUGAUACUUACUGAGUUUCAACAUUUAUCUAUGAGACACCUGCAUGCUAAUUUUUUAGGUCCCAUACCUUUCAGAGGCUUUGAUAUUGGCCAUUACUCGAAAUUACCCCUAAAAAUCUCUAUGAAAUCCUUAUAAUGGGGAAAAUAUAAUAACUCCUGUUAGGAUUAUCCUUAGAACUUGAAACUUGCAACACAACUUUGUUUCAUCAAGAAAAAUCAUUGUGAAUAAUUUGAACACGUGACUAAUCCGAUUUCCCGAUUUUGUCGGAUUUCACCCGAAAAUCGGAAAAAAACGGAUUUUCGGGCAAUUUUUGGCAAUUUUUUAUCCGAUCCAUGUAAAAACCGGAAGAUAUCUUAAAUAACUUUUAUUUAGCUUUCAGAAACUUCAAACAGAAGGAAAAAAUUCGCUCUAGAACAAAAGUAAUUAUAUUUUAAGCAGAUAGUGGCAUUUUUGACAAUUUUCAAGCUUCUGAUGACGUCACAGAAAAUGUGCUGACGCAAGCAAAAGUUUAUUGGCGCCAUUUUGUUCCUUUUAUGACGUACUAUAAGUGUGCCAAGUUUGAUUCAAUUUGAUCAAUCCUAUGAAAAGUUAUUAAAGGGGGCCGGAAUCCGCCCCCCCCCCCCCCCCCGGUCAUAGUAUGUAAACCCCGGACCGAAUAGGGUUAAAUGCGUAUUUCUGUAUUUCUUUUAUAUAGAUUUCUAAUUUUCUUAUAUAGAUUCUUAUGAGAUUUGUAAUAUUACACAUUACCAUAUAAAACAAUAUUAGUUAAAAGAAUGCAUAAUUAUCCAAA